GUGUAAGAUAGGAAGAUUGGGAAGGAAAGGAGAGUGUGGAUAAAACGUGUCCUCCCCACCCAAUCACAACACAAAGAAAUCACACCCUUUCAAAUCCUUCCACAUCCUUAAUUCCCAACAUCAUCAUUCAUUUCCACAAAUUAACAAUACUAACUAACAACCUUAUUUUUCUCUAACAACACUAACAAUAACAAUAACAAUGGCUGUUUCAACCAGUUUUUUCUCCACUGCAAAACCAGAACCUUUCUUCCUUAAACAUUGUUCUUCAUCUUCAUCAUCAUCAUUCUCUUAUGUUACAACUCAUUUAUCAUUUCAUGGUAGAAACAAAAAGAGCCUUGUUCAGACUCAGAAAGGCUCAACUAUUCGCUGUGACGCUUCUUCUUCUGAUGUGUCUGUGUCUGUGUCUGUGUCUCCUCUACAACAGCUUAAAACUUCUGCUGCUGAUAGAUAUACGAAGGAGAAGAGCAGCAUUGUGGUGAUUGGGCUGAGUGUGCAUACUACACCGGUGGAGUUGCGUGAGAAGCUUGCUAUACCGGAAGCUGAAUGGCCAAGAGCCAUUGGUGAGCUUUGUGGUUUGAAUCAUAUUGAAGAAGCUGCUGUUCUUAGUACGUGUAACAGGAUGGAGAUUUAUGUUGUUGCACUUUCUCAGCAUCGUGGUGUUAAAGAAGUCACUGAGUGGAUGUCAAAUACAAGUGGAAUACCUGCAUCAGAGCUAUCACAGUAUUUAUUUCUGCUAUACAACAAAGACGCAACCCAACACCUUUUCGAAGUAUCAGCAGGACUUGAUUCUCUUGUAAUGGGAGAAGGCCAAAUCCUUGCACAAGUCAAGCAAGUAGUGAAAGCAGGCCAAGGAGUUAAUGGAUUUGGAAGAAACAUCAGUGGACUAUUCAAGCACGCAAUCACCGUCGGCAAAAGGGUCCGAACGGAAACCAACAUUGCGGCCGGAGCAGUUUCUGUGAGCUCGGCUGCGGUCGAAUUAGCACUGAUGAAGUUACCUGAUCAAGCCUCACAUGGAAAUGCAAGAAUGCUAGUCAUCGGAGCAGGCAAAAUGGGGAAGCUUGUGAUCAAGCAUUUGGUUGCAAAAGGGUGUAAGAAGAUGGUAGUUGUUAACCGAACCGAAGAGCGAGUCGCGGCUAUCCGCGCCGAAAUAAAUGAUGUCGAGAUAAUCUACAAACCGCUCUCUGAUAUGCUCGAUUGCGUCGGUGAAGCUGACGUAGUUUUCACUAGCACAGCAUCAGAGAAUCCUUUGAUUUUAAAACAACAUGUUAAGGAACUUCCUUUGGCAAGCGAAGAAGCGGGACGAAAACGUCUCUUCGUCGAUAUUUCUGUUCCGAGAAACGUAGGUUCGUGCCUUAACGAUCUCGAAUCAGUCAAGGUUUACAAUGUUGAUGACCUCAAAGAGGUAGUGGCUGCUAACAAAGAGGACAGACUAAGAAAAGCAAUGGAAGCGCAAGUGAUCAUUAGCGAAGAAUCGGGCCAAUUCGAAGCGUGGCGAGACUCAUUAGAAACUGUUCCUACCAUCAAGAAACUGAGAGCUUAUGCUGAGAGAUUAAGGGUUGCUGAGGUUGAGAAAUGCUUAGGUAGAAUGAGGGAUGAGGAUAUAAACAAGAAGACACAAAAGGCAGUGGAUGAUCUUAGUAAAGGUAUAGUGAAUAAAAUGCUUCAUGGGCCAAUGCAACAUUUGAGAUGUGAUGGGAGUGAUAGUAGGACAUUGAGUGAGACACUUGAGAAUAUGCAUGCUUUGAAUAGAAUGUUUAGUCUUGAAACUGAGGUUUCUGUUUUGGAGCAGAAGAUUAGAGCUAAAGUGGAGCAAAAACCAUAGUAAGAUUAAUUAAUAUGAUACCAUUGUUGUUGAUUAAACUCGUUUGUUUAGGAUUGAGAAUCAUAUGGUUGGUUUUCAGUUGCAUGAUUGAAACAAAAGCUUCUUUGUUUUUUUU